AUGGCUGCCCUGACCCAUUUGCGUACAUGUCUGGAGUGUUUAUGUGUGUGUGCGUGUCAACAGGUGGACACAGUGGCAGCAGACUCCUUGCUCCGGAAGGAUGGGGGGGAGCGCAAGUCGAACCUGAAGACGCUGCGCUUGGGCCCGCUGACGAAGCGGGGUUUUUACCUCGCCUUCCAGGCUCAGGGUGCCUGCAUGGGCUUGCAGUCAGUGCGCGUCUUCUUCAAGAAGUGCUCGGCCCUCACACGCACCUUCGUCCACUUCCCCGACACCGUGCCGCACUCCCUAGUGCAGCAGGCGCAGGGCCAAUGCGUGGACAACGCCAUCCAGCAGGGGGCGACGCUGCACAUGUUCUGCGGCGAGGACGGGCAGUGGGUGGGGCAGCCCAGUGGGGCCUGCGCCUGCCGGGCCGGGUUCGAGCCCCUGGACGCCGAGUCCCGUUGCCAAGCCUGCCUGCCUGAUUAUUUUAAGAUGUCCCUGGGAGCUGACCAGUGCAGACGGUGUCCAGAUUUCAGCAACUCCAUCAGCGGCGGCUCAGCUGUGUGUCCCUGUCGCCCCACUUACUUCCGGGCCGAAUCAGACCUCCCUGACGCGCCGUGCACCACCCCACCCUCGGCACCCCGCAGUGUUGUGCCCCUGAUCAGUGACACGUCUGUCACACUGGAGUGGAGCGAGCCGCUGGAGCGCGGCGGUCGCCACGAUCUGACGUACGUCGUGCAGUGCCGUCGUUGCUCCUCCAGGGAGCGCUGUGUGCCCUGUUCCGACAGCGUGAGCUACCGACCCACCCAGCAUGGACUUACCCAGCGACAGGUGGUGGUCUGGGGCCUGGAACCCCACUCCACCUACAGCUUCUCAAUCCAGGCCUUCAACGGCGUGUCCCAGCUCAGCAGCAUGGAACCGGCCAGCGAGAGCGUCAACAUCACCACCAGCAACAACGUUCCAGUGUUAGUGUCGGGAAUCAGAAGGAGCCAAGCCACAGAGAACAGUGUGACCCUGCAAUGGUCCAUCCCUGUGGAGCCCCAGUACAGCAUCCUGGAAUACCAGCUGCGCUUCUGUCAGAAGGAGAAACAGGAUGACAGUGUCAGCUGGCAGUACAAGGAGAGCAAGACCAACCACGUGGUGCUGGGAGACCUUCGUAAGGGCACCCAGUAUGAGGUUCAGGUCCGCGCUCGCACCACGGCUGGCUACAGCAACUUCAGCCCAUCCUCCACCUUCCGUACCCUGCCUGAUGGAGACGAUUCCCACCCCCAUCUUUUGGUUACUGGGGUCCUGGUGGCUGCUGCCACAUUACUCCUCAUCAUUGUCAUCGCCAUCGCCGUCUGGUGCAGGAAACGAAUGAGGACGAAGGACCCAGAGUUGAGUGACAAGAAUGGACAGUACCUCAUUGGUCAGGGAAUCAAGGUGUACAUCGACCCCUUCACCUACGAGGACCCCAACGAGGCCGUCCGGGAGUUCGCCAAGGAGAUCGACGUGUCCUUCGUGAAGAUCGAGGAGGUCAUCGGUGCGGGGGAAUUUGGCGAGGUGUGCCGCGGCCGACUCAAGGUCCCCGGGAAGAAGGAGAACUACGUGGCUAUCAAGACCCUGAAGGGCGGCUACACGGACAAGCAGAGGCGGGACUUCCUGAGCGAGGCCAGCAUCAUGGGCCAGUUCCAGCAUCCCAACAUCAUCCACCUGGAGGGCGUCAUCACCGCCAGCUGCCCCGUCAUGAUCCUCACCGAGUACAUGGAGAACGGCGCCCUGGACUCCUUCCUCAGGCAAAACGAUGGGCAGUUCACCCCCAUCCAGCUGGUGGGCAUGCUACGGGGCAUCGCCUCGGGGAUGAAGUACCUGUCAGAGAUGAGCUACGUCCACCGAGACCUUGCUGCCCGCAACAUCCUGGUCAAUAGCAACCUGGUGUGCAAGGUGUCCGACUUUGGCCUGUCACGCUUCCUGCAGGAGAACUCCUCUGACCCGACGUACACCAGCUCCCUGGGAGGGAAGAUCCCUAUCCGCUGGACGGCCCCGGAGGCCAUCGCCUUCCGCAAGUUCACCUCGGCCUCAGAUGUCUGGAGCUAUGGCAUUGUCAUGUGGGAAGUCAUGUCCUUCGGAGAGAGGCCCUACUGGGAUAUGAGCAACCAAGAUGUGAUCAACGCCAUCGAGCAGGACUACCGGCUGCCCCCGCCGCCCGACUGCCCCACCUCCCUGCACCAGCUGAUGCUGGACUGCUGGCAGAAGGACCGGGCAGCGCGACCCCGCUUCAGUACCAUCGUCAGCGCCCUGGACAAGCUGAUACGCAACCCGGCCUCACUCAAGAUCGUCUCCCGGGAAGGAGGAGGGCCGUCCCAUCCCCUGCUGGACCAGCGCACCCCCCCUCCGCUAUCCGCCUGCGGCUCAGUGGGAGAGUGGCUCAGGGCCAUCAAGAUGGAGCGAUACGAGGACAGCUUCCUCCAGGCUGGCUUCACCAGCUUCGAGCUUAUCUCACAGAUCUCCACAGAGGACCUCCUGCGCAUUGGGGUCACAUUGGCAGGACACCAGAAGAAGAUCCUCUCCAGCAUCCAGACCCUGCGGGUACACAAGAGCCCCAUCACUAUGUCUAUGCAGUACUGACUCCUUCCUGAACUGUGACGCGUGCCUGCCUUUAACCCAGCGGAGCCAUCAGACACCCCACAGGUGCUCAUCAAACACGCGACCCUCGUUCGACUGGAAAUCGACAAGCGAAACAAACGAAACAAAAAAACAGCAUUCGUUCAACCCAGGUUGAUUUGUUGCCAAAAGCUGGUCGUCUGCAGGUUGUUUAGCAUUAGCUUAUUAGAGAGAGCUGUUCAUUGAGUCGCCAAGCUGCCCUGCUCCUCGAUGCUGCCUUGGGGGAAGACAAAGGAAUGGCGCCGUCUUCCUCCUCCUCCUCUUCGACUCGCACUCGUCUGCGUUCGGACUGACGAAGGGGCGGGUGCAGGGGAGUGGAUUCUGACAGUGCCUGGUUCAGAUUACGGUUCCCUCUGAAAAAUCGACGCCAACGAAAAUAGAAGGGGAUCUUUAGCACAGAGUGUUUUAAUCACUUUGUCAUUUUUAAGCCUGUGAAAGUCAAAGCAGAACGGGAGAAGCUGUAUAAAUGAUUCCUACGGAAGGUCCUUUGGUAUUUAUGAAGACACUAGUGUUUCAAUGGACUUCUCUCAAUGGGCCAACUGUUGUAUGCUUGAUACAGAUAUCCCGUUUUCCCCAAGAGCCAUCCUAUGUCUGAAUUGAUCAACAUAAUCCCUCACAUGGGCUUAUUCUUUAACUAAAACUAUUUAAACAAAUCUGACUUUACAGGUUGAAAAGAGGGCUGAUUCAAAAUUGGCACUUUUUAGCUUAGAAAUGGUGGUAUUCCAUAAUUAUUUUUUUUAAGUAUCUGGACAUGGUUUCUUUUUUGGAUGUUUUCAUUUCUGCCUUGGCGGACUGGAUGCAAGAAGAGACUGAAAAACCCGCUGUCCAAUUCUUCACAGAACAUGGAGUUCAAUCAAAAUGAGCAAUAAAUUGUGGGUGGUUUUUAUAAGUGACUGUGAAGAUCAAGAUAAUUGUUAUGCUGAGUGGCUAUGGAUGGUGCUGAAUUCUGCCUCUGUCUGGUCCACAGGUGACAGGUUAGUCUUACCUCCUCCCUCCAAAAACUGACACCUGCCCCCCCCCCCCCCCCUAGGACCAGGGACCCAACCCUGACUCAGCAUCUCCCCUUGCUGCUGUGGACAGUAAUAUACUGGCCACUGGGAAUCCUGAACGUUCACAUCUGGUCUUCACAUUGAAGACCUGCUAUUAUCAUAUACCAAUGAUUUUUUUUUCUAUUAUUGAUUUGCCUUUUUUAUGUACUGUUGUAUUUCUUAUAUACAUAUAUAUGCAGAUAUACAUGCAGUGACCUCCAUUUGAAUUAUACCCUGUAUUCAUUAGCAGAAAUAUUUAUUCUGUUUAUGCCCCAAACAUAACUAUUUAACAGUUAAUUUUAAAUGUGUGCAAAGCUGUUUAUUUUUGCAGAAAUAAUAUUUAAAUUUUUAUAUAAUUGCAUGUGUCAGAGCAGCUCUGGAAAAUGCAGGAGUUAGUCCAGACCUCUCUGUGUUUAUCAGAAAACCAUGACGGUUAUGUUUGGCCCCCCGCCCGCCCCUGACCCCACCUGGUGUUUGUUCUGUGCCGCGGUCGCCGGCCCCCUGGAGAGGAGGCACUCUUCGUGAGGUUUUGGCUUCCCCUUGCACGGGGGUCCGACCGCUGGGCUUGGUAGGGUCCUCCCGGGGCUUCUGAAUGUGGGCGUACAGGAUCCCCUCAUGUGUUUGAAAGCCCUGGGACUGUUCAGCGGGGGCCUGUAGUCACAUCGACUGCUCCAGCAAUGUUUACUUAAACGCUCCCUGAACUUGCUGCUUUCAGACUGGAGGUUAGGGUUAUUUAGACCUCUCUCAGAAAAGGAAAAAAAAAAAAACAAGAAAUCAGAAACAUCCAACCCUGUCCCCUGAUUUUUCUUGUCUAUAAAUUUUUAAGCACAUCACUAUUCAGUCAGCCCCAUUUUCACAAAGAUAUACAUGCACAUUUAGAUAAUACAACAGGUCAUGUUUAUACAUAGUUAUGUUAUUGUAACUAAUCUUUUUUAACUUAAAAAUGUGCCAACAGAGAUCCCCUGGAAAAAAAAAUCAUUCAAAUUACACUGAUUGGGAUGGUGAAGUCAUUUUUUUGGCAGGAUGACAAACACAACACUUACAGUACACUCAUGCUAUUUGUCCGUUCAUCUCUUAUAGUUAAGGUGAAUGUGGAAGUCACUGUGUAUAUAUGAAUAUAUAUGUGUAUGUAUGACAGGAUGCUGGGAGGUGGAAUCUCUUCGCACAGUGUAAUCUGUGUCCAGUCACAAUAAAGAUUCUCAGCACUGAUAUAUCUCA